GAAAGAGAUUAGGACACAUAUCUCGCAGUAAAUGAAGAGGUGGGUGACUGUGUCGUCGGAUGUGAGAGUGUCACGUCUCCCAAAUGGCUUCAGCACACCACAGCCGCAAGCCUUCCAGUCGCACUGCCCUCCCACGAAGAACCACCAAAGGUCCACUGGAUGCACCAACAGACCCUUUGUCUCUAUCUGCGACACCUAUAGCCUCGCUUAGAAACCCUACAGCACCGCUCUCGCCGAGUAAAGAAGUCAAUGAGCCCUCAGGAGUGUCGGGAACAGCCAACCAGCCACCGGCGACCCAGGCUCAAGACUCGCCCACGGUGGAGGAAAGGGACCUCUCCUUCCUCCUCGAUGCCUCAAUCUACCAUCCUCUCUCUCAGCUCGAGGUUCCCGGCCCCUUUCGAAAACCAUUCCUCCCACCACCGAACUCAGAAACACCCCUCAAGGCUUCCAUGCAACAAUUAGAUUCACUCCUCUCCCAAUGCGAUUUUCUACGGGCCGCCCAGCUGGCAGGCUCCAUCUUGGUAUCCGGCACCGUGCGGCCAGUGGAUUCAAGGUCGAUCUUCCGCCUACUAGAGAUUAGGUACUCUUGUCUCGAACUUUCGGGGAACUCGCUGUUUGCCGCCCAGGAGGCAAAGGCGCUGGAAGAUCUGAGCUCCGGGUUCUACUAUGACGAGCCGAACCCAGGGCGAGGUGCAGAUGAUGAUUUGACAGGCGCGCAGAAAGUACCGAGCCAUAUAAUGCCGUUUCCUCUGCGCCUGCAGGCGCUCAGACUGCAGAGCAUCGGCUUCUCGGAUCCCAGAAGAGGGGUAUCUACACUGUACGAUGUUGCGCUCGAGUGCAGAGAACAUUUGUCCUCCCCGCAUACAUCGCCCGAGCAGAGAAAGGUGUGGACGGAACGGCUCGGCGAAGUGUCAAUCCGAGUUGUGAAUGCCUUGAUUGAAAUGGGAGAUGUCGAUUGUGCUGUGAGGACACUCGAAAGCAUGAAACCUGGAAGCGAUAAUCACCUGGCAAUCUGGACUUCCAGAAUGGUCCUGUUGAAAAUCAAGAUGGGCGACGUCACUGGAGCCAAGAGGCUGAUUGAAUCUGGAAAUCUGGACCCGGAGGACAAGCUUGUACUUGGUUCUCUUCUCGCAAUCGCCGAAGGCCGGUAUGACGAUGCAAUGAAGAGUCUGUCUGAAAACGGAGCGAGCGUUGACGCAGACUUGGCUGCACUUGUGGAACAGAACCUUGCAGUUGCAUAUCUAUAUCGAGGGGAGGUUCUGAAGGCAAGGCAGUUGUUGGAAAAGCUCGUCAAUGACGGACAUUCUUUCCAGACCUUGACAAUCAACCUCGCUACUAUCUACGAUUUGACUUCGGAUCGGUCGCGCGAAUUGAAAACCUCGAUGGUGUCGCAAAUUGCCGGUCGCGAGAGAGAUCCCGAUGCGAUCCGCGCGUUUGUGAAUGCCGAUUUCAAGCUAUGAACAUGUGCCACCGGGUCUAUUUGCAAACGGAUGCCAUGGUCCCAUGACGAUAGUCAAAGGCUUUGAGGAGUCCUUUGAGAUGGGAUAAUGCAGCCAGGACGAUCAAGACAUGGAAGAUCUGGUGCGAGCUUCCGAGAGUAUCAAAUUUGCCUGGAUAGAAGGCCUCUGGAACCCUCGCCUAAAAUCGUCUACUCAGCAUAUGGCAACCAUCAAUGCGGCUGCAAACUUACCGCAUACAGACCAGCACCCAAAAUAUAGAGAGCUCCCUGCAAUACCAACCACGACAGGCCAAUCUGGUUCUCCAUAUCUCCCAGUCCGAAGGUCCACAGUCCAUCGAGGACAGGAAACACUGCAGAGAUGCCCAUUCCAACGAACAUCAGAGCCCGGUAAGGCCUCCAAGCUGGAGUUCGGAAGCGUGGAAGGACUGAUGUUGUGGUGCAUGCUAUGCCCAAGGUGCAGAUCUGGUCCAGGUCUCAGCAACGUACUAGUGUCGUGUGAUUCUUGCUCACCAUGGUCCAGUAUGUCCAUUGUUUCCAUGGAUGGCACCAAAACCCAUAAUAUACACUGGGGAUGAAUGAGCCGGCAAUCAGCACAGAUAUCCCGGCAUAGUCCAGCUGAUUCCACAGUCUGGCAACGCGCGGAGAGUGGUUGGACAGGGUGUGGUAGAAUGCACUCAGUCCUAAACAAGCAGCCGCACCACCAAAGAAGCAGCUCAUUGCUAUGACGUCGGCCACCGAAGCUUUCUCAUAGCGAGGCUUGAGCACAAUAUAGAGAAAAGCUGCAAAGGGCAAACUAAGCGUAGCAGGGACUAAAUGCGUCCAGAUGUUCACGCUCUCGUUGUGCCAGUGCAGAAUGCUCUGCAGAGAUCUUGUGUAACUGUAGGAGGCACGGCGAUAGCUGCCAUGGAUAAAGUGGUUGUCCUGAAGCCAGUGCGGUAGAUCGUUCCAGUGUAUCAGAG